AUGAAGUUCGAUGAGUUAUUGUGCGACUUGACCAAGAAAGGAGUGAUGGGAAAGGUUCUUGCAUAUAUGUACACCAUUGAGUUUCAAAAAAUGGAAUUGCCUCAUGCCCACAUAAUAAUUUUUCUGCACCCAUCCAACAAAUAUCUGAAUCCAGCUGAUAUUGAUAAGAUAAUUUCUGCUGAAAUUCCUGAUGCAGAAACCGACAUUGAAUUAUAUAACUUGGUCAAGUCCCAUAUGAUACACUGGCCAUGCGUGCUGGUAACAAAUCUGCGCCGUGUAUGA